AGAUUGGUCUUGUGGUAUAGACGUCUGCCUCCCAACCAAGAAGUUGUUAGUUUGAUCACCCAGUAGGGUGAGAGUGGUCUUGUGAUAUAGACGUCCGCCUCUCAACCAAGAGGUUGUCAGUCUGAUUCCCAGUAAUGUUAGAGUGGUCUUGUGAUAUAUAUGUCCGACUCUCAACCAAGUGUUUGUUAUUUUGAUCUGCAGAAUGGUGGGAGUGGUCUUAUGAUACAGACGUCUGCCUCACAACUUAGUGGUUUUUAGUGAUCAGCAGUAGGGUGAGAGUGGUUGUGUUAUAUUGACACCUGCCUUUCUACCAAGAGGUUGUGGGUUGGGGCCCUACUAUAAAUUGGUUGUGGUUCAUUCACUUAUGAACUAUUAAAAAGGACACCAAACUGCUUCCUAUCCACGAAACAUCCUUGAGCGUGACUCCAUCGCCUAUGAGUUUUGUCACAAUCAAGCUAAACUUAAGAAAGUUAUUACCAGGUAUAUGUAAAUAGUUUUAUGUAUUUGUUUCAGGGAAGCAAUGUCAUAAACAAGAAGAAGGUCAUAAACUAGAAGACGAAAAGAAUGGCAGCAUAUGGGGUCGGCUGGGAGGGCUUUUCGCAAUACUGCUUUUUGGAAUCGCGAUUGGAAUUGUGAUUAGGUGCGUCAUCUUGAAGAAAGAUUGUUGCAAUUCACGAAGACGUAUAUCUUCCCCUCCUGCACAAGACGAUGAUCAACAAGCUAGCAUUCGUCUGACCAUGUUAAAUAAAGAAGAUGAAACAGUUCCAAAAACCAACGGUUUAGUUAUAUCCAAUGUUAACGCUCCUAACGCAGUUGAAGUUUUAUCCAAUGGUACCGCUCUCGUCAAAGUUGAAGAUGUAUCAGAUGGUAACGCUCUCGGCGAAGUGGAAGACGUAUCAGAUGGUAACGCUCACAGCGAAGUUGAAGAUGUAUCAGAUGGUAACGCUCUCGGCAAAGUAGAAGAUGUAUCAGAUGAUAACGCUCACAGCGCAUGUGUAGAUGAACUCAAUGGUGAUGCUGACAGCGCAGAAGCUCAGACUGUAUGUGUGAAAGAUCGUAUUGAUCAUAUUGAGAAACACAUUCUUUGUCCCGGUGGGUGAAUCCAGCGUGUAGCAUCCAAGCUGUACCAACGAUUGGGUCUAAGAACCAAUUUAUCGAAAGAAAUAAGAAACGUUCAUGUUACAAGCGUGGUUUAUGUAGUUUGUAUAAAAAACAACUUACUUAAUGUUGCCAUCAUGUGUUUAACUCAACUAUUCGAAGAAAAUAGACAUCUACACUAUGCACCCUAGCAUCAGUAUUUCACCUUUGUUUUGCAUGUUAAAACGUUAGAAGUAGAUUUAUCAACAAAAAACAUCAUGUGUGAAAUUGAAACUUUAGACAUGUCUGCUCAACUAUCUACUUAAUAUAUCAGUUAGAUACUUCUUGCAUAAUUACAAUGUAAAUACUGGCCCAUUAUUUUGUUUUCACUAUUCUGAUAACAAUGAUAUGUUUUGCAACUAAUAGCAGCAAACUUAUAUUGUUUGACAUACGAUUGAUUAAUUUUUCUUCAAAGUUAAUAAAAGUACUAGGCACUAGGUACUUGACACCAGGUUUUGAUACUUAUUACUUACCAAGACCUAAUUGUUGGUGUUUUCUUCGGUAAUAUAUUUCCAAUUGAGUUCCUUUAACGCAAACACUGUUGAAUUGGUAGUUUGUCAUAAUUGCUUUAUUUUGAUAAUGUCUAUGUGCUGUACGUUAAGUGGUAUCAGUAAGAAUUAUGAUAAGAAAUUGAUUCAAAUGUACAUGUUAUUAUGGUAUCUGAAUACGCAUCUUUCCAAAAUUACUUGUUAUUUUCAAAAUGUCUUUCGUAUUUGUAUAAAAGUUUUAGAAAAGUAUUAUUGGUCAAGAUCUUUCUAUGCAACAUUUGCAAAUAAUGUAGAUGUACAUUUUUUUUUAACAAAUGCAUACAUUAUACCUUUAUAUGUAAGUAAACACAUACUAUAUCAACAUUAUGUAAGAUCUUGAUGAGUUGCCUUUUAAUACAAAUAAUACUUAAAUGAAUUUUGAUCAAGUUAUAAAAGCAUUUGGUUUAAUAUAUAGAAUGGGGAACUAAUUUCACAUUAUGAAGACAAGUAGUGUAAAUGUUUCACUCAUGAAAUAAACAGUUUGAUGCAUAUUCAAUGCUUUAUCAAAAGCAUUAUGCGUGAAUGUAUGCGUGUUUACAUCAUUAAUUGAGUAGUUUACUUUCCAAUGGUCAUUGUAGAGCAUGAACAAAUAUUCACUGUUUUAUCAAAUGUAGUAAAUGCAUACAUAAAACAGUCUGUCAUUACUUAAGCAGUAUUCUUUCUCAACUGAAUUGUUUAUUUCUUUGUCUUUGUCUUGUCGUUUUAGUAUUGGAUAGUUAAUGUUUAGUUAUAUUCUGUGCAUGUUUAUUUAUUACUACAUCCAAUGUAAACUAUUAGGUUUGGUCAAAAAUAGCUACAAUGUUUGUGCAAUGGGCAAUUCUUAACCGAAAAUGGUUAUUUACCAAGCGGAAUCAUUUAGAUGUGCAAACAAACGAAAAAAAAAAUGUUAACAGUGUUGUUUUAGGCUGCCCUGGUAAACUAUGGCAGUUCUCUAUUUACAAACUGUACAGAUUUCAUUAAAAAGCUGGCAUUUUUGAGUAGUUUACUUUGCCGUGCUCAUUGUAUAGCAUGAACUAAUAUUGUUGGUAUCAAGUGUUGAAGAAUGCAUGUUUACAUAAAAAGUAUGAUAUUAAUUAAGCAGUUUCCUUCCUCAUAAUCAGAGCUUACUUUUUGUCUCUUUGCUGUGCCAUUUUAGCCUUUGUUAGUCAAGUUUGAGUUUCAUCAUGUACAUGUUUAUUUAUAACUGCAGCAAAUGUUUAUCACAGGUUAAUUAUAAGGUUUGGUCAAAGUAAGCUUGAGUGUGUGUGUGUGUUCAAUGUUUGUUUGUUCAUUUAUUUCCAAAAUGUCUAUUUACCAAUGAAAAGUAUUUAGAUGUACAAACUAGCAAAAAGAUAACACUAAUGUAUUCUGUGGCAUUCUCAUAUUUACAUAAUGUUAGGAUUUCAAUAGUGCUGGCAUUAUUAAACAACCUUUGUAAUUAUGGUUAAGCGUAAAGGUUUACUUCUUAUCAAUGUCCAUUGUUUCUUUGGAAGUGGACGGUUUAAAAAGCAUUUUCCUUCCAUAAAUGUUCAGUUAUAAAUAUAUUUAUGUAUAGUGUGGCAUUCCUAAAGUGACAUACUGCAUAUAUAUAUAUAUAUAU